AAUCGAGUGAUUAUUUACCCGCGAUCGCUGGUUUGUCAAUGGGCCAACGCAGCUUAUUAGCAAUUCCGUUAGUUUUACAUAAUCACCUCGAGAUACAACAUUAACAGCUAUGAUUCAUUUGGAUACAGCCAUGGGUAGAACCACAAUGCAGGCCAGGGGAAGAUUCAAAAUUUCCCUGCUGUUUGUGGUCUUGAUCACGUUCGUUUUGGCGACAUGUACAAUUUCAUAUUACUUGACAAGUUAUUACCAUGUAAAAUCCUCGCUAAUCGCAGGAGUCACAAAUGUGCAGAAGAGCCACUACAUAAAUAUUCAAACCUGGGAAGAUUUUUCACCUGUGAAAUCAACACGAAAAGUGAAAAGAAUUAUUUACAAUAGAGUAGGAAAAUGUGGAAGCCGCACCAUGAUACAGCUCAUGAUCAGUCUCACAGGAAAACUCAAUUAUACAGUGAUUGGAUCAACCAAGAAUAGUAUUCUACAUCUAAACCUGCGAGAACAGCUUGAAUUUGUGGACUAUAUAGAUCAUCUUCAGUCACCAGUCAUUUAUCAUCACCACAUACAUUUCGUCGACUUUAAGAGGUUCGGCGCAGUUCAACCUAUUUACAUUAACCUCAUACGGGAUCCACUGGCUCGUCUUGUCUCUUCAUACUACUUCCACAGAUUCGGGGAUCAUCGAGGGGCCCAAAGAACAUGGGGCUUCAAAGGCACAGAGGAAGAGAAAAAUAUGACAUUUGACGAAUGCGUCAAAAAUGAAAUGAAAGAAUGCGUCGAUCCUCAAAGGAUUUUGUACAUCAUUCCUUACUUUUGCGGCCAUGAAGCCUUCUGCAGGAGACCUACCGAACUAGCUCUUACACAGGCCAAGAUAAACGUCAUUAGAAAUUAUCUGGUUGUGGGUGUUACUGAGGAGUUGGAAGAUUUUCUGUUUGUUCUUGAGAAACUUUUACCAGAAUUUUUCUCGGGUGUGUUAAACAUCUACAGGACUCCAGACGAUAACCUCAAUUCCAAGAUGACAUCAACUAAAACCGUGAAUAAGAUAGGACCUUCUCCAGAAGUACAACAAAUAAUGAAGAAACAUCUGCAAUUAGAAUACGACUUUUAUGAAUUUGUAAAGGAGAGAUUUCAUAGACUGAAAGCCGAACUCAGAUAACAAAACGACCUAGUUGUUGGAGGCAUGGUGCAUUUGUAUAUCAUCUAUGUAUUUCGGUGCUUGGUAAUUAUCAUCCAUCAGAGAGACGCAAAUCUUAUGACCCCUCAGACGACUGAUAUGGGAAAGAUGGUGCAGAAAGCUUCGAUUAAGAUUGUCCGAAAAAUGAACUAUGAGUUCGCCAAGAAGUUGAUCUUCAUGGACAUGGGAUAACCUGAAUUUUAAUUUGUAUAAAAAUGUAUCAGAAGUCCAGGUUUUAUCUAAAGUUAUCAUCCAAUAAUUAUUCAUGACUGCAAUUUAGGAUUGUAAUUUCAUGGUUUGAAACUUUGGGUUACCUUCAUAAAUGUCAUGGUUAUUAUAAGUAUAUACAUAAACAGUGGAUAGCAAGGUUUUGUGCUAACUUAUCUCACGGUUUCAGUAUACAUUAAAAUAAUUAUUCAACUCAGUGUCGCUCGCCAGCGGUGGAUAUUUACCACUUUAACCCACCUGUACUUCGGUGAAUUGUUGUUUAUCAUUGAUAUUGUCGUUAAUAUUGUUCUUAAUUUUGCCAUUAAACAAUUGUUAUGGUUAUUAUUAUUAUUAAUGAAUUAUUAUUAAUGAUACCAUUACUACUGUUAUCAUUAUUGUUCUUAAGGUGAUUAAUUUGGCAGCCAGAGGGGUUUGUGUUCUGCUGAAGUUGAGAGUAGAAAUAGGUCGCCUGGAGAAAAAAUUGCUGUAGGCUUAGCUGUAAUUGUAAAGGUAGUAAAUAAGUAAGUAAGUAAUUUAUUUAAACACGUAAACACCUAAGAGUUAACAGAAACUCGUUCGAACGUGCACGUGUGGAAAAAAAAAUUACAAAAACCUAAGUGAGAAACUUUAACUAUCUAAGAUGUAAUACCUAUUACAUUAAAAAUACAUCAUUAUAUAA